GCGAGCUCCCGUCCGCCGCCGCCGCCGCCGCAUCCGCCCCGGCCUAGGGUUUCGCCUCCAAGGAGAUGCCUCGCUAUGAUGAUCGUUAUGGAAACACACGCCUGUAUGUUGGUAGACUGUCCUCCCGCACUCGUUCUCGUGACCUAGAAUAUCUUUUCAGCAGAUAUGGAAGAAUACGUGAAGUGGAGUUGAAGCGCGACUAUGCAUUUAUUGAGUUCAGUGAUUCUCGCGAUGCUGAAGAUGCGCGGUACAACUUAGAUGGCAGGGAUGUUGAUGGAAGCCGCAUUCUUGUCGAGUUCGCUAAAGGGGUUCCACGUGGUCCUGGUGGUUCACGUGAAUAUAUGGGGAGAGGACCUCCUCCGGGAACAGGUCGUUGUUUUAACUGUGGGAUUGAUGGUCACUGGGCAAGAGACUGCAAGGCAGGUGACUGGAAGAAUAAAUGUUACCGAUGUGGAGAAAGAGGUCACAUAGAAAGAAACUGCCAAAACAGUCCAAGAAAUCUCAGGCGCGAGAGAAGUUAUUCGCGCUCCCCAUCGCCACGCCGUGGACGUGGUCGCAGUCGGAGCUAUAGCCGAAGCCGGAGCCGGAGCCGGAGUUACAGCCAGUCUAGGUCCAGGUCCCUGUCUGGAUCCCCGAGGGGACGCAGAGAUCGUGAUGAUAGGAGAUCAAGGAGUCUUAGCUACAGCAGAAGUCCAAGGCGAUCUGUCUCUCCUGCAGCAAAUGAGAAGGAGCGCAGCCGCACCCCUGAUGGUAGUCGGAGCCCAAGGAGUCCACGGGACCGUGUGAGCCCACCACCCAAGGAUAAUGGUGAGCGUAAUGGUUCAGAACAUGGUGACAGCCCCAGGGGCAGGAGCAGGAGCCCAUCUGAUGGCUACCGUAGCCCUGCGGCUGCUGCCAAUGGGCGCAGCCCAAGUCCAAGGAACAACGGGAGCCCUAGUCCAAUGGACAACGAUAGCCGAGGUCCGAGGGACAAUGGCAGCCCAAGCCCUAGGGAUGGAAAUGGCGACGGUGGCAGCCGUGGUGGCUCACGUUCACCCAGAGCUAGCGAGUCCCCCGAAGCCUGAAAUAUAAUCGCAGCAGCAGUCCUGUGGCGUUCUGAUUGUGGAUGUCAUGCUAUGUUUGUAAUGGUUAUAUUCCCGGUUUAAGAAGACUGAGACAAUUGUAUUUGCUGUUUUUCUCAAAACGACAGCGUAUUUUCCUUACCUGAAUGACUGUUGCUAUUGAUGUGUAAUGAAUGGAUCGGUGAACUUCCUACUA